AUGGUGUCGUAUAGUGGACACGUGACUUUUGUGGGGUUUCUUUUCUUUACAGUUUGUAAAAGCUGCAUAGUGAGACACUUCUACUACAGCAACAGAUGUCCAAAAUGCAAUAUUGUUGUACAUCAGACACAGCCCCUUUAUAAUAUCAGACUGGACCGGCAACUGCAAGACAUAGUCUAUAAAUUAGUUGUCAAUUUGGAGGAAAGAGAGAAGAAACAAAUGCAUGACUUCUAUAAAGAAAGAGGAUUAGAAGUGCCCAAACCAGCUGUCCCACAGCCAGUUCCAGCGAGCAGAGGAAGACCUCGAAAAGUUCUGGGCUCUGUGUUCCGAAUUCCACCAGAACUUGACAUCUCCAUACUCCUGGAGUUCAUUGGAGCUAACGAAGGCACAGGGAGUUUUAAGCCUUUGGAAAAGAAGUUUGUACGUGUUUCAGGGGAGGCAACAAUUGGACAUGUGGAGAAGUUUCUCAGAAGAAAAAUGGAUCUGGACCCUACUUGUCAGGUAGACAUAAUAUGUGGUGAUCACCUGCUAGAACACUACCAGACACUGAGGGAAAUUCGUCAAGCCAUAGGAGAGAGUGCAGUACAGGAUGGUUUACUUGUACUGCACUAUGGCCUGGUAGUAUCUCCAGUAACUGUAACUUAA